GAUUGGGGUGGUUUUUUCCUCUCCCCCCCAAGGUUUCCAGCUUCGGCCACUCUCCCAAUGGAUCCCCCUAUUCCCCGGGAGCGCUGGACGGCGGCGGGAUAAGGUCCCACUACCGGUUCUCCCCCAUCCUCUACAACAACAACACCCACAAGGAUGAGUACAUAACUGAUGUCAAAUCCCUGGACACCUUCCUGAGGAACGAGGAGGAGAAACAGCACAGAGUCCAGCUGGGGAGUUCCGACUCCAGCUCCCCUUCCAGCAGCCCAACCUUCUGGAAUUACAGCCGCUCCAUGGCAGACCACGCCCAGAUCCUGAGGAAAUUCCAGUACCAGCUGGCCUGCAGGUCCCAGGCUCCGUCAGCACACAAGGAUGAGGCAGAUCUGAGCUCCAAACAGGCAGCAGAGGAGGUCUGGGCGCGGGUGACGAUGAACAGGCAGCUCCUGGAUCACAUGGAUUCCUGGACAGCCAAGUUCAGGAAUUGGAUCAACGACACCAUCCUGGUGCCCCUGGUGGAGGAGAUGGAGUCGGUGAGCACCCAGCUGAGGAGGAUGGGCUGCCCCGAGCUGCAGAUCGGAGGUGGGAAUUCCCGGGGUCGGAAUUCCCGGAAUGUUGAACGGG